AUGGAGAAGCAAAGUAUAAGUAGCAAGGCUUCUAUUGUCACCAACAAUGGCAGUGAUCUCCAUGGAGGACAUACUGGUAGUUAUGAUUCUUAUUAUGAUGAUGCUUCUUAUUUCGAUUCAAUUCCACCGGGGUAUAGAUUCAAACCCUUGGAUGGAGAACUUGUUGCUAUCUACUUGAGGAAGAAAAUCGCCAACGAACCAUUGCCUCCGAAUAAGAUUCAUGAUGUUGAACUGUACAAAUUCAACCCAGACACACUAUCAGAAAUUUACGAGUCAUAUGGAGAAGAUGAGAUGUACUUCUUCACAUCAAGGGACAAAAGUACCCUAAUGGUGCACGUCCGAACCGAGCAGCAGGGGAUGGAUACUGGAAAGCUACUGGGAGGAAAACCUCCCCAUGGUGACAAGACAGACUGGAAGAUGCAUGAAUUCCAAGUCAAUGCUCCUCCCAAGAGAAAAGACAGAAAUGACAUGAGGCUUGAUGACUGUGUUUUGUGUCGGAUAUAUAACAAGCACAACCACUCGAAAGAUUCGAACCAAUCGAAUAAUAAUGGUGUCGAAAUUCAGGAACAACCAAAUGUUCAAGACAAUGCACAUGUUUCUGGUGAAGUAGUCGAUCAUCCUCCAGCAAACUCACAUGAGCUAACUUCUUUGUUGUCUAACCAGAACUGUUAUUACAAUACUGAUCAAUCAGAAAUUCUCAACAGCACAAAUUGUAUAGGUUUUGAUGGUCCUUUUGGAGUGAUAUCAAUUUCAUCCACACUUCCAUUCCAGAAUCCUCAGCAAUUCAAUGGGUAUCAAAAACGUCAACGUUUUUGCGAUUUACCAUCAGAAUUUUAUACUAACUAUGACAAUGGCUCAAUGACACAGCCAAAGACUUAA